AUGCCAGUGAAAUGUUGUUUCUACAGGUCACCAACCACAGAAACAAUGGCAUGGUCUGAAAAUAUGGACACACUUUUAGCCAAUGAAGAGGGUCUAGAUGCUUUUCGAACAUUUCUAAAAUCUGAGUUUAGUGAAGAAAAUGUUGAAUUCUGGCUUGCCUGUGAAGACUUCAAGAAAACAGAAAAUUCAGAAAAAAUUGCUUCCAAAGCCAAGAUGAUUUAUUCUGAAUUCAUUGAAGCUGAUGCACCUAAAGAGAUUAACAUUGAUUUCAGUACCAGGGACCUCAUCUCAAAGAACAUUGCUGAACCAACUCUCAAAUGCUUUGAUGAGGCUCAGAAAUUAAUCUACAGUCUUAUGGCCAAGGAUUCUUUUCCUCGAUUUCUAAAGUCAGAGAUUUAUAAGCAAUUGGUAAAUAGCCAACAGGUUGGAAAUCAUAAAAAAUGGCUCCCUUUCUUGUGAAGAAGAAAUGAAGUGUUUACAUUAAAAACUAAAGUAAGGCAGAUGUUACAGGAACUUCCCAAUCGGUCUUCUCUUAUACAAUGGGUCAUCAAGAGAGAGUUGAUCAUUUUAUUGGCAUGUAUUUGU